GCUCGGUCGAGUUACAUGCUUGCUAUAAAUGCCUGCUGGACAGAGAACUCCUGAAUCUUGCCAUGGGAUGCCUUUGCACGCAGAGAGGAGUCCUUGCUUAAGAUGGGUAAUAAGCAGACGAUUUUUACUGACGAACAGCUGGACGCUUAUCAGGACUGCACUUUCUUCACCCGAAAGGAGAUCCUUCGGUUGCAUGGCCGAUACCACGAACUAGCCCCAAACAUGGUACCGAUGGACUAUAAGAGAGAUCCGGGUGUGACGCUACCUAUGCAGCUCAUCGUAAAUAUGCCAGAGCUCAAGGAGAACCCUUUCAAGGAACGGAUUGUGCAGUCGUUCUCCGAAGACGGGGAGGGGAACCUCAGCUUCAACGAUUUCGUCGACAUGUUCUCCGUACUCAGCGAAACGGCCCCCCGGGAGCUGAAAGCAAUCUAUGCCUUUAAGGUCUACGAUUUUAACACAGACAACUUCAUUUGUAAAUCGGACCUGGAACAAACCCUCAACAAGUUGACGAAAGAAGACCUGACAGAAGAAGAAGUCACGCUGGUUUGCGAAAAAGUGAUUGACGAAGCGGACAUGGAUGCUGACGGCAAACUUGGAUUCCCAGAUUUUGAAAACAUGAUUUCCAAAGCGCCAGAUUUUCUUAGCACCUUCCAUAUACGGAUCUGAAAAUGCUGGGAUGAGCAACUGGAA